AUGGGUGAUUACAAUCCUCAUUAUUAUCGUAUUCUGUUCAUGUACAAUCAACAAACAGCCACAUCAUGUCCAACAAUCUAUGUACCACUCAUAUUUCGACACCGCAGCAAGCAUAUAUACAGUUCGGAUUAUGCACAAAUAAAUCGAGAUAUGCUACGAGAUUGGAUUCUGAAUAAGUGUUCGUUCAACUGGAUAAACAUCUGCGAGCAUAUCGCCUCCAUCGAAUCCACAUCACAAUCUGCCUACGAAAUGCAACAACAAGCCAGAAAUAAAAUGCGUGCUGUCCUCAAAGUGGAUGUACACAGUGACGAAGUGAUACAAGGAGUAUCGUUCCGCGUGAAUAACAACGAAUCAGUUCCUGAACAAUUCCAAGUUGUUGUGAGUAAUUUUUGUUUGGAAUACACCUGUGAGACAUUCGAUGGGUAUCGAGAGGCAGUCAGAGGAGCUGUGAGUUUGAUUGAACCGAACGGAUACUUGAUACAAGGUGGUGUUUUGAAUGCAAAAGAAUAUUCAUUUGGCAGACGUCGUUUCAAAUGUCAUUCGUUAUCGAAACAACAACUCGUUCAUGCCUUAAAGGUUAUCAUAGCGCAACAGCAGCCUUCUUAUGGCCUAUCCCUUAAGCGUUUGGCCCUUCCUUUAAAAAUGGAAAAGGAACGAUGUGAAGCAGUGUUACAUUCACCAGAUGAUUAUGAAACUCACUUUGAUCCAGAACAAUAUUUGGCACAUUUCUUCAGUAGGAAAGCGUUAUCGGACGGAACACGAUUAAGUUUAUUCGCAUUACCGACGUUCGCACGGAUGAUUGAGUGCGAGAUGGCUGAGGAUGAACGGAUGAGUCUAUGCGAUAUUGGGUCUGGACCGACCAUUUAUUCGGCGAUUUGUUUCCGAAGCUGUGUGAAGUCGAUAACGUUGACGGAUUAUUUAGCGAAGAAUUUAGACUGUAUUGAUGAGUGGAUGGCUGGUAAUGAAAACGCUUUUGAUUGGACACCGCUGAUAAGCAUCGUUACUAGAACGGAGGGUGAGUGUCCAGUAAGCGAAAAAGAUAUAAGCGAAAUCGAAUCAAAAGCACGUUCGUUGAUACGCUCCGGUGGUACUUACCAAGCCGAUAUCACUCAAGCAUUUCUCUCCAAUAAACACUUCAUGCAAAAACAAUUCGAUAUUAUCGUCUCUGUUUUCUGCCUCGAAUCUGCCACAACUGACUAUCAAACUUACUGUCAGUCUAUGUCCAAUAUGUUGGAGUUACUGCGUCCGGGAGGACGACUGAUCUUGGGAUCAGUGGUGGAAGAUGAUCGAUACAUGAGUGACGAUUCGACUAUGUUCUCGCUGUUGUCACUCACCGAAGAUGAGAUUUCGUUUGCUGCACAACAAGGUACGUGGAUGUGA